CCUUGCCUGCCGAACAUAAAUUAUUCUCGUAAAAUAUUAGAAUUACACAACCUGAAAUGGUAAGGUUUUGGCGGUUUGUUUAAUAACAUUCAACUAAACCAACUUAACUAAUGCCUUCUUGUUUUAUAAGUUUUCAACUGCCUGCCCUGCCUCCCAUUUUGUUCCUUUUUUUCAAUUGGUGAAGAACAACAACAGCGACAAGAAGAAAUUUGGUUUGAUUUUCAGUGUUUUGUGUAUCGUGUUGUGCAAGCUUUCGAUUCCACUUCCGCGCUCGGAUGUUUCCAGGUUUUUCAACUGAUCUCAACUAUUAUUCCCCUUCGCUCUCCAAUUCAACAACCUUCCCUCUGCAAUUUCUAGAUUAACACCGCUGCAUAUAUCGUCGGUUUGAGAUCGCCGGUCACGGUUUGGGCGAAAUCAGAAGCUCCGACAAGUCUUCUCCGCGUAUGAUUCUGCGUUUGCUAGGUCUGAAUUUGAUGGCUCGAUUAUUUAAUUUGGGGAUUUUGGAAGAUUCCUUCUACUCGCCUGGGGAUUCCCAACAGCUCUGACAUUCCUAGUUGGUUGUGGAUUUCUCUCCAACCGUACGAUUUUUUGCUGGUAACUGCCGCCAUGGCCGGAUAUUCCGACGGCGGUCAGUCCGACGAGAACAGCCACCACAUCGAGAGGCUGCGGAUAGAACCUAUCUACGAUUCCUUCAUAUGUCCUCUAACAAAACAAGUGAUGCGAGAUCCGGUGACUUUGGAGAACGGACAGACAUUUGAGAGAGAAGCAAUUCAAAAAUGGUUUAAGGAGUGCAGAGAAUCUGGAAGGAAGCUUGUCUGCCCAUCCACCCUGCGUGAAUUGAGGACUACAGAGCUCAACCCUAGCAUUGCUCUUCGUAACACAAUCGAGGAAUGGAAUGCCAGAAAUGAGGCUGCACAGCUCGACAUGGCUCGUCGAUCCUUAUCCCUAACGAGUCCAGAGAACGACGCCGUCCAGGCAUUGAAGUUCAUCCAGCACCUCUGCCUGAAAACGCCACCAAACAAGCAUGUCGUCCGUAACGCCGAGCUGAUUCCGAUGAUUGUUGAUGUGCUCAAGAGCAGUAGCCGUCGCGUUCGGUGUAUGGCUCUGGAAACUCUCCGGAUCGUUGCAGAGGACGACAAUGAUAAUAAGGAAAUAAUGGCAGAAGGGGACACGAUGCGCACGGUGGUCAAGUUCUUAUCCCACGAGCAAUCCCAAGAGCGAGAAGAGGCGGUUUCAUUGCUUUACGAACUCUCCAAAUCGGAAAGGCUUCACGAAAAGAUCGGUUUGGUCAACGGAGCCAUUCUUCUGUUGGUAGGCAUGGCUAGCAGCAACUCUGAGAAUGUGUCGACUGUUGAAAAGGCUGAAAUGACUCUUCAAAAUCUCGCACAGUGCGAAAACAAUGUUCGACAAAUGGCCGAAUGUGGCAGAUUACAGCCAUUGUUGACGCUACUCCUUGAAGGAUCGUCGGAAACUAAAUUGUCGAUGGCGACAAUUCUAGGCGAGCAGACUCUGAACAACGACGUGAAAGUAUUCGUCGCCAGAACAGCUGGUUUCUCGCUGAUCAAUCUAAUGAAAAGCAAUGAUAGUCAGUCGAGGGAGGCGGCUCUCAAAGCGCUGAAUCAAAUAUCAUCCGACGAUGCAAGCGCCAACGUCUUGAUAGCGGCAGGAAUCCUUCCCCCGCUCGUCAAGGAUCUCUUCUCUGUCGGCAACAAACAGCUCGCCACGAGGUUGAAAGAAGUCUCCGCGACGAUCCUCGCCAACAUCGUGAAUUCAGGCCACGACUUCGAUUCCAUUCCAGUCGGCCCCAAUCACCAAACGCUCGUCUCCGAAGAAAUUAUUCACAACCUUCUGUAUCUGAUCAGCAACACCGGGCCUGCGAUCGAGGGCAAGCUUCUCCAAGUGCUCGUCGGGCUCACGAGCUCUUCUUCCACAGCAUCCACCGUCGCAUCCGCCAUCAAAAGCUCCGGCGCCACCAUCAGUUUGGUUCAGUUCACGGAGGCUCCGCAGAGAGACCUGCGGAUUGCGUCGAUAAAACUCCUCCAGAACAUCGCUCCGCAAAUGGGUCAGGAAAUAGCGAGCUGUCUCCGCAGCUCGCCCGGUCAGCUUGCAACGCUGAUUAAAGUCGUCGCGGAAAACGUCGGUAUAUCGGAGGAGCAGGCAGCGACGGUCGGGCUACUCGCCGAACUCCCUGAACGAGACGUCGGCCUCACACGGCAGAUGCUCGACGAGGGGGCGUUCCAGCUUUUCGUUUCUCGGGUGAUCAGAAUCCGGCAAGGCGAGAUGCGAGGCACCCGGUUCAUGACUCCGUAUUUAGAAGGUCUCGUGAGGGUUCUCGCGAGAAUCACGUUCGCCUUAUCCGAGUCGUCGGGCGCCGUUCGCGCGUUCUCCACCCGCCACAACAUCGCUUCGCUUUUCAUCGACCUGCUGCAAGCGAAUGGGCUCGACAACGUGCAGAUGGUAUCGGCGACGGCCUUGGAGAACUUGUCGCAAGAAUCGAAGAACCUUACGAAGCUGCCGGAGUUUCCUCCCCCAGGAUUCUGCGCAUCGGUGUUCCCCUGUCUGAGCAAGCCCCCGAUCAUAACAGGACUGUGUAAAGUUCACCGCGGGACGUGCUCGUUGCAAGAAACGUUCUGUCUCUUGGAAGGUCGGGCCGUGGACAAGCUGGUGGCGCUUUUGGACCACACGAACGACGCAGUCGUGGAGUCAGCGUUGGCUGCUCUGUCAACGGUGUUAGAGGACGGAGUCGAUGUGGAGGAGGGGGUUCAGGUGCUGCUCGAUGCGGAAGGGGUCAAGCCGAUACUCGACGUGCUGAUGGAGAAACGGACGGAGACUCUGAGGAGGCGUGCCGUGUGGGCUGUGGAGCGACUGCUGAGAUCGGAGGACAUUGCGUAUGAAGUGUCGGGGAAUCCUAACGUUAGCACGGCGCUUGUCGACGCUUUCCAACACGGCGACUACCGGACGCGGCAGAUUGCGGAGCGCGCCUUGAAGCAUGUUGAUAGAAUCCCCAACUUCUCUAGCAUCUACACCAAUACUUGAUGAUUCGUCGGAGCCGCCGCCGGAGACGGUAUGGAAUUUGUCUGUGUUUUUUUUGUAUGUGAUGAAGUAUUGGCGGGUGGAGAUGACACUCUGAAUUUCAGCAUUUCAUCUAACCUACUUAACGGCUUAUGUCAUGAGUGAGUUUUUUUUUGCGUUGGGAGUACGAAGAUUUUGUUUGAAUUUUUUAUUUAUAUAAUAUUUGAUGUA